GCUGGGGGUAUUGGGGCCGUCUGCAUGUCUCUGUCCUCUUGCAGACAGACUGGGACAGUCUUCAGAAAAGGGGGGAUGCAGGGUGUGGGGCAGGGCAGGGAACAGCUCCAUGCCUGGCAUGCCUCCUUCUGUAGGAGCAGAUUUGGGGCAAUGCUUUGUGUCGCUCCUUUUGGCUCCCAGUGGCUGGAGGAGUCUGAUGAGGUUGCCCAGAGCUGAGCCCCCGCAGCCGGUGCCGCUGGGGCUGCACGGCUCCUUUGUCACAUCAAACGCUCUCCCUGGGCACCCAGCCAGGGGGUCACCCCUCUGCAAAGGCCCCGUCAGCCCUGGGUGCCAGCAUUCCCACCCAGCCCUUGGGAAGGGACACCUGCUUCCCCCGGGCAUGCCUGCCAUCAGCUGCAGCUGCCAGCCUGGGGACUGUCCCCGCGCCUGGGGCCUUGUCCCUUCCCUCCCAGCCCCGUCCAGCUGCAGGCAAAGGGGCUGGGGGCAGGCAGUGCUGUCGGUGCCAGCUGCCAGCUGGGAAGGGGGAGGCUGCUGCUGUGCCAGCAGGGAAUUUGGAGAGGUUUCCAGACCUCUCUCCCGUGAGCUGUUGGUACAAACCAUCUGCCUGCCCUGGGCACCGUGCUGGGGUCUGUGGGGAGCACAGUGGAGCUGGAAAGACACAGCCAUGGGUGACAUCCUUCUCCCUCAACACUGUCCGCACGUCCUGCCUGCGGCUGGCUGCACUGCUCGGCUCCUCACAGAAGGCUGGGAAGAUGGGCAGCUCUCCAGAGGUGUUGGUGGUCAGCGCCGGGCGCUGCGUGGCCACCCUGUUUAUCGCCCCCUGCACACCCAGCAGCCGCUCCUUAUCUCUCUUCCCAGCGCUGGCGUGCUCCCUGCCAGAGUCUGGAGCUGGAGGAACCCAUCUGUGUCACCCUUGCCUGCUCUGUCCUCCCUCCUGUGCCCGGCUGGGUGCUGGGGACAGUGCGGGUGCUGCGCUGGGAAAUGCCGCUCACGGCUCCCGGGGGCUCCCUCAGCCCGGGCUUUGUAAAUCCGAACAGAUGUGGUUUAGAAAAACUUCAGCUUUGAGGCACGCUCGCUCUUCAGAUGGCUUCCGAGGAAAUUUGCACUUCAGUGGAUGCGCGGAAAAAUGGUGUUUUCAAAGUGAAAAUGAAAUGGAAACCAGCCUUCCCCCUCCCUCCCCCGGUGAAGCAGCGUUUGCAAAGCAAUUUUUCCAACAAGCUGAUUUAUGGAGCUGGCUGGCAAAGCCUUGAAUGCAUUGAGAAAUACAACUCGUACAACGGACCAGUGCCUCAUUAAUGAAUGGUUCCUCUUUAAACUGGGAUCUCUGCUCCUGACUGCUCUGAGCACCCUGGGCAUGGAGGAGAAGUAGGACCAGGCAGUGUGAGCUCCCAGGGUGCUGGUAAAACCCAUGGAAUUCAGCCAUGUAGAGUGCCACCAGGAUGUUCUGUGGAGAGCUUCUGGUGAUUGAAAGUUUAGGUUUAUAACUGAGGAGUUCUUUGUGUCCCCCAGACUGCGACUUUCUGCCGUACCUCUCCAGCUGCAGCUCCCCUCUGAUUCAGCGAGCGGGUUGUCUGCUCUGAGAGCAUUUUCCAUCACUUGAGCCUGGAAGGGAAGAGGGUUUAUGGAACGGGGAGCACGAGGCACCAGCUCAGCACAUACCAGAAUGUGCAGGAGCUCUGGGACCGUAACUGGGAUGGAGAUGAGUGUUACGAGCGGUGCUGGUGCUCAACUCUGGUUCUGCCAGAAAGGGAAAGGGGACGAGGCUUUGAUACAGCCCAGAGGAUCCUCACAUUCCAUCCAGUCAAGGAACUCGCUGCAAGAUGCAGUGGUUCAGCACAGAUCCUCCCUGGAGACACCUCACGAAUUGAGGAUCCAAAGUCCGACACUGGAAACUGUCCAGGCCUCCCUGCUUACCUCCCACGUCUACUGAACCUGCUUGAUCCUGGAGCCAUUAAAGUGGCCUAAGGUUCUUCCUCUUCGUCACCCAGCACCAUCCCUCUCUCCCUACAAGGAGUGUCCAGGAUGAAGCCACACAGGUUUCCAGCUUGGACUCUCCGGAGCCAAAGCAAACCGAACUCUUAAAUACUUCUGAACUCUUGAAAGGCCCCUCAGAUACUGUGAUAUUGAGCCCAGAAAUGCUGGGCUUAUUAACUGCUGAUGACCCUGGAGGGCUGCCAGUGCUGGGAACGGCUCACAGUGUGGGGAAAAGCUGGCUGAGCACCGAAGGCCUUCAGGCAGAAGUUUUUUCACUAAAUUCCUACUGGUAGAUCUUCCUCCUUUUCAUGCUGUGCAAAGACCUGGCACUGGGGUCAGGACUUGCCAUCCACAGCUGGCCUGAAGUCUCGUGAUUCAAAGUAUCAUGGAAAAGUUGGUGACUGGCUUUUGACUGGAGUAAUCUUGGCACCAGUCCUCUCCUUUGGGAAAUGCCCCUGUGAACGGGCCAGAAGGAGUUGAUGACAUUGCUCUGCCCGGAGGCUGCUGCAGCAGGGGAAGUCUGUGAUUAGACUUCAACAGGCUUUGGACCAAGUCUGUUCUAAGGAGACGGUGUCAACUUGCUGCUAUUUCCUGAAAAUCAGCCUGGCCUGGAGCAGGGAUCACAUCCAGAGGGCUCUAAUCAGUCCUUCUGGCCUGUCAGUGGGACCCAACCCAUGAGCUCUGCGAUUACAGGGGAUACCACAGGCCCACGUAAGGCCUGGAUAACUCCUUCUGUUUAUUUUAAGCAUUGCUUCGAGUAUGAGCCUGGUCAAAGCAGCGCCAGUGGUGGAAGAGCGAAGAACCUGAGCCUUUCCACAUGGAAUGUGACUUCAUUUUCCAGCUCCUUCCUACUCAAGGAAAUAUUGUUAGCAGAUGGUGCAGUCACAAAACCAUCAUGUACCACUCCAUUAUUAUCCAGAUGGAUUUACUGCUGCAGGGAAACCUUCCUGCUGCCUCGACCAACACGUGGAAUUGUUCUGCUCAAGAUCCAUCCAGUGCCAAGAUGUAAAUACUCCACAUCCAUUUCCCUGACAGACUGGUUUGCUGUUGUUUCCUUGAAAUCCCAGCCUGGGCUUAGCAGGAUGGACAGAAAGGCCCGGAGAUCUCGAGUCCUUUUGGGGUCAGAGAAGGAGAGACUCCGUUCCUUGCAGGAAAAGCAGUUGCCAUGGUGCAUAGCAGCCUCGGUGUGAGGUUGUGUCCUCUGUCCCAUCUCACCUCUCAGAGGAGAUGGGAAAAUGCUCAGCAUUCCAGAGGGAAGGGGACUUCCUGCAGGUGCCUCUGGCUUCUUUGCUCACCUGCUGGCCUGAGUUGUUUCAUCCACUUGCCAAGAAACUUGGAAGAAAUAAUAAAGGACAUAAUGCCACGAGGCAGAGCUACAUGGAAAUCCUGGGAAAGGGCCUCUCCAUCCCAUAGUGUCAAUGAUGCCAACCUCUGGCUGUGGCUUUCCUUCCCAUUUUCAGGCUCCCAUCAGCCUGCCCUGAAAGCUGGGCAGGUCCAAAACACCAUUCCACGCUGAAACCAGCUGGGAAAAGUCUCACAGAUGAGAGGAGUUUCUUCUUGGAGGAGAGCCCCAAAUUAUCCCAGAGAGCCAUGACUCCAAAUGAACAAUCCUCUCCUUUUCCACUCAAAUCAGAGAUGGGGAAGCAUCAGUGUUGGAGCUCCAGGCUGGCUCCAGCAGGUUAUUCUCCCUGCCCAGGUUAUGCUCUCUUAAAUUUCCCAACUUUCUUGGCUGGCAGCAGCGUUUUUGAAACAGCAUCCACGGAAAUUAUGGUCUUGCUUCACUGCCCACACUUGGAUGACAGCUGCCUCUGGCUGGAGCUCUUUAAAUCUAGUGGCUUGCAUUUAAAUAAGUUUCAUUUAUUAAAAUUAGGUGAAACGUAACUCUUCCCAUAAACAAUAUUUGUUUUUUUCAAGA